UGCCAUAGCAACCAGAGCAGACAUCAACCAUCAACAUGGCCAAAGCAACGACUGUGAAAGAAGCACUGGCCAAAUGGGAGGAGAAGUCAGGGGAGAAAGUGAGCGAGACUAAAGCCAUAAAACUGUAUGGUCAGGUUCCUCCCAUAGAGAAGAUGGAUGCCUCUCUCUCUACACUCACCAACUGCGAGAAGCUGUCUCUGUCCACAAACUGCAUUGAAAAAAUAACCAAUCUCAAUGGCCUGAAGAACUUGAGGAUCUUGUCAUUAGGGAGGAAUAAUAUAAAGGCCCUCAAUGGGCUGGAGGCAGUAGGGGACACAUUAGAAGAGUUGUGGAUCUCCUAUAACUUAAUAGAGAAACUGAAGGGAAUUCAGUCCAUGAAGAACCUGAGAGUCCUCUAUAUGUCCAACAACCUGGUCAAAGAAUGGGGAGAGUUUGUGAGGCUAGCUGAUCUGCCAUGCCUCGUAGACCUGGUGUUUGUUGGGAAUCCUCUGGAGGAGAAGCACUCAGCUGAGGGAACCUGGAUGGAUGAAGCCUGUAAAAGACUACCCAAUCUGAAGAAAUUAGAUGGGACCCCAGUCAUCAAACAGGAAGAGGAUGAAGGAGAUGGAGAGAGCUGAGACGCAUAACUAUCUGCAAUACUACAAUCCCUUUCUACCAGUCUUCCCUUUUUUAAGUUUUGUAUAGUUUGUCAUGGGGCUUUCUUUAUAUACAGUGAAUUUUACAACAGCAUGGACUUUGCUGUAGAUGGACAAGCACAUGAUACACAGAAGUGUAUAUUUUAAAAUUAGAAAAGUCUGUUAAAUUGUCAACACUGGAGGCCUUGUGGGCUUGGGACCAGAGGAGGUUUUGAUGAGACUUCGUAAGUGGAAAUAGAUGAUAAACACAUUUCCUAAUGCUGCAGCAUGUUGAUUUUUUACUGUCAAACUAUGAAGGAUAUUGAUACUAAUAUUAUUGUUCUUAUUAACUGAAUUGUAAAUGUGGGAACUGGUGGUACAGUACUAUUUGUGGGCCAAAAACACUUAUAAAUUUACAAAGUGUUUUUUAAAUUUAUAUGCCUCUCUAUGCUUCAAGAACUAAAGCACAGUGUUGCACACACACUAGUGAGCAGGGGCAUUUGUGUGGACCAGAUGUUGAUAAAAUGAUACAGUUACCUUCAUGCUGCUGGACCUUUUCUAACCUAAUAGGAGUCAGCUGUAAAUAACACUGUCCUCCCCCACUAUCCUCACCAUGGAAAGACGGCCAAGUAGCGCUAAAUAUUAGCCUGAUUAUGUUUCAUUUACAUUACAUUGUGAAACAAUUAAUGGUUAGAAAAUGUUGCUUGGACUGAUAUAUUUUAGAGUCAAUCACAAAUGAAAAUUCCAGCAAAUAGUUGCAGCCUGCCAUGGUACUUAGACAGCGCACUGUUCUUCCUAGUUGUUAUCAACAUUUAGGAAUAUGUUGAAAUCAGGGUCUAUCACCAUACUCUGACUUCUCAGGUAGUAAGCAGUAGUAGCAUUAAAAAAGGAGGAGGUUAGUAUUUCCUAUCCUUAAUAUGGAACAUGAAGGGACCAUCUCUAUCUCCAGCUACACCACAGCAGCCUUUGGGCAGGACUGAAGAGUUAACAGAGCUGAGAGUGAAAACUUACAUGACCAGAAUACAUCCACAGCUCGGUCUGACACUGUGUUUCAUGUCAUGUAAUAGAAUAUCUAAACUUUUUGAACUUUUUAAAAGGCACAAACUAAUCUACUGUAUUUUACUGUCAGUUUUAGGUUCAUUUUGGAUCCAUAGAUUCCACAUUGUUCUUGUUCUUGAAGAUGUGAUACCAAGGUUAAUGCAUGUACAGUAGUAUGUCCUCUUUGAUGACAUCACAUAUUUUCUGUGUAAAAAUGAUUUUGUGUUUUAAAUUAUUUUA